AUGGCGGACAAAGAAUUGGCGGGAAGCAGUGGUGUAGGCAAGAUGGGUAGAGGGAAGGUAGUCGGCAAGGUAGAAAGCAGACAGAGGAGGUUAACAUCGGACGAAGGACUGAGAGUGACAUUUAGUGGACAGGUGGAGUUCGAUAAAUUAAAGAAGGAACUGAUAAAAGAGGUAGGUGAGGAAUUGAAGGAAUUAAAAGAGGAAAGGAAGGUAUGGAAAGAAGAGAGGGAGGAAUAUAGGAAGAGGGAAAGAGAAUGGGAGAUAAAAAGAUGUAAUUUAGAGGAAAGGAUUGCUGGGCUGGAAAAAUGGAAGAAAGAAAGGGAAGAGAAGGUGGAGAGUGAGGAGGAAGAAAGAGUGAGAAGCGAGAGUAGAGAUGGCAGGAGUGUAAGAAGUAUAAGAAGCGCAGGGUCGGUUAGCUCGGGAUCGAGGGGGAGCGAGGAUAGGUUAAGUGUGAGGGAAGUAGAAAGGCUGAAAAGAUUUGUGUCGGAUAAAGAGAGAGAGGAAAGGCGAAACAAUGUGAUAAUAAGAGGGGUGAAAAUGGAAAAGGAAAUAGAAGGGGAUAGGAAGAAAUGUGCAGAGUGGAUAAAAAGCUGGUUCAAGGAAAAGCUGGGGGUAGAAGGGGGGGUAGUGUUUUGUAGAAAAAGUGGAACGGUACUAUUAGUUAAGCUAGAGAGUGAGGGAAUAAAAAGAGAGGUGAUGAGGAAUAAGAGUAAAUUGAAAGGUGAAAGUAUAUACAUUGAAAACGAUUUAAGCUGGGAGGAAAGGAGAAUACAAGAAAAGAUUAACAGAUGGGUGAGAGGACAAAAAGGUAAAGGAAUAGAUUUAAAGGUGGGGCAUGGAAGAGUAAGGGUGGGUAACGUCUGGUGGACUUGGGAGGAGUUAGAGAGAGAGGAAGAGGAAAAGGAGGAUAAAGGAAAAGAGAAGGAAGGGCAGAAAGGAGGGGCAGGGAAGGUGAGAGAGGAGACGGAGAAGCAUUUUGCGUAG